AGUGGCCAACUACCCAGGGCCCUGAAUUCCACCUAUCCUUAUGCAGGGCGGAGGCGACGGCGCGCCUUUUCACGCACGUUCCGGGGCGGCGCUAUGUAUUGCGGCGCUGGGGGAGAAGAGAGUGGCGGUUCCGCUGAGGCGGUUCUGAGUGUGAGAAAGACCGUCAACGUCCCCGUUCGCAGCGCCCGCUAUGUCUGAGGCGGCGGUGGCCGACACGCGGCGCCUCAACUCGAAGCCGCAGGACCUGACGGACGCCUACGGGCCGCCCAGCAACUUCCUAGAGAUCGAUAUCUUCAACCCGCAGACUGUGGGCGUCGGUCGGGCCCGCUACACCAGCUAUGAGCUCCGCAUGAGAACAAAUCUGCCCAUUUUCAAACUGAAAGAGUCCUGUGUGAGACGACGAUAUAGUGACUUUGAGUGGCUGAAGAAUGAGUUGGAGCGUGACAGCAAGAUUGUAGUGCCUCCACUGCCUGGCAAAGCCUUGAAACGCCAGCUACCUUUCCGAGGAGAUGAGGGCAUCUUUGAGGAGUCUUUCAUAGAAGAAAGAAGACAGGGCUUAGAACAGUUCAUAAACAAAAUCGCUGGACACCCGUUGGCACAAAAUGAGCGCUGCUUACAUAUGUUCCUGCAAGAAGAGACCAUAGAUAGGAAUUACGUCCCAGGGAAAGUUCGUCAGUAGGGGAGUCUGGCAUUUUCCAUUUUUCUCUCUCUCUUCCCCUGCAAAAAUGACAUUUAUUUUUACAAUGUCCUUCUGAACCAGCUUUUUCUCUCUGAAUCUCCCCACUUGUCCAGUGUUGCCUGCCAUGCUGUCCCAUUCCAUCCCCUUAUCAGGCAGCAGUGUUUGGUUCUAUUGGUCUUUGGUCUCUACGUUAAAGGUGAGAAUCUGCACCUGUUGCUUGUCGAACAUGAACCAAGAACUAGUGUAAGGUAUUGCAGCAUGCAUCAGAUCUUCCUGUCUCCCUUGUGCAAAGAUGUGGGGAGUUCUGAAGUCUAGACAUCUGUCCCCCUCUCCACGCAGCCACAGACCUCUGUUGGUGAGUAACUGAUCCUCCUCCAGAUGUUGUGGGUGUUCCAUUGCCCGUAUGGGUAAAGUUCAUCCCAGAGUUAAGUUUGGCACUGGAAAGUAACAAGUGUCUCCCCUGCCUGCUGGGCUGACACUGCAGACCAGAUGCACCUUGAAAAACUCCUUAUUCAUCAGGAAAGGCUCUCUGAGUUUUUAGCUGCUAAUCCUGCUCUGAAGAAUGUCUUCGGCUUUGAAUCUCCGAAGUCAAGGGGAAAUCUUUUUAUCCAAGGCAUGAGGCGUAUUGUUAAAAGCCACUGCUUCCCAUAGUAGGGAGACACCCUCCUCCCCCCUCUCCAGUUGUGAUUGGCUUUGAUGCCAGAAUCCUGCUGGGUAAAUAAGGCAGCUGAUUUCUUGGGCAACUUUACCUUAAAGCCUGCAGAACAGUGUUUUUCCAAGGACUGCCAAGCUAGAGGCAUAGUAAGCAGCCAAAGCUGAUGUAUGCUCAACAUAACAGACUCUCUUGCUGAUAGGUGUCUUCAAUUACAUUUGUUUGCCUCCAUCUGUGGCUACAAUGUAAACUUCACUAUUUAUUAUUCAUUAGGAAUGUAUAGUAGGCCCUGCAGUUGCUCUUCAAGACAUAUAAAGAGCCUCUUCAAAGGGGCCCCCUUAAUUUUAGAUGUUGUGGAUAGGGGGGUGGGUGGAAGUUACAGACUUCAAAAGUUGUGUAUCUUCUGCCUUUUCCACUACUUGGCAUGAGGAAAACACCAGAGGGCAGAAAACAUUUGUACAAAACUGUGUAUAUGCUUAGGUGGGGGGAGGAGGAGGGAGAGAAGGAGUAGCUCACUAUCUAAUGUAUGACGGUAAGCAGAAAAGAAUCUCCUCUUGGCUGCCACAGAAAACACUAGGGAAAAAACUGCCCAAGUGCAGGGCAAUCCUGUCUGUUGCUGGAGAAGUGUUAACUGUUGUGGGACCUUGCUAACUUUGCUGUUUGAAGCAGCCUGCUGCUUCCUCCUGGAUCAGCAUUAGCUAAGGGUUUUUUGAACCCUUCAUUGGUGCGCAGAGCUGAAGAUCCAAGGCUGUUAAUGCUGUGCAUAUAUUCUGAUGUGGGGCUUAUAAUUCAGCAAACUGUCUUUGGUUUACUGUCUAAUGUAAUGUCCAAGAUUUGUUCAUAUUAAACCACUGUGAAGCCAA